AAGCUCGCCUUUCUUACUUUUCUAUAACUGUCUCUCUCUCCGCUCUUAGUGCUUUGAAUCACUAGCUUUGGAUUUCAACUUUUAAGCUUUCAAGGCUCUUCGAGCAAAAACCCAGUGUUGUAUAUAUAGGAUCAUAACCAUACAAACAUCAUUAAUCUAGCGGAGAGUUUCCCUUUCACUUUUUACAUUAAAUUUGAUAUUCUUUGUAAAAGAUCAUAGAUACAUUUAAAGGGAAGCCCAGCCUUUUUCUUUUGCACCCAUUCCCAAAGGGGCUUUUAUUUAUCCAUAUAGGUAGAGAUUUUGCAUGGAAGUGGUGGUGAGUGGUGAGCAAGGUGGCAGUAAUGUGAUGAGGGAGUAUAGGAAAGGGAAUUGGACAGUGCAAGAGACGAUGGUGUUGAUAGAGGCGAAGAGGAUGGAUGAUGAGAGGAGGAUGAGGAGGCAAGCUGGGGAGAGCAGUGGGGGGGAGAGGGGGAAACCCACAGAGCUUAGGUGGAAAUGGGUGGAGGAUUAUUGUUGGAGUAAUGGGUGUUUGAGGAGCCAAAACCAGUGUAAUGAUAAGUGGGAUAAUCUUAUGAGGGAUUUCAAGAAAGUGAGGGAGUAUGAGCGGAGGGUGAGUGGUGAUAAUGAUGAUAAUAAAUCAUAUUGGAAGCUGGAAAGGAAUGAGAGGAAGGAGAACAACUUGCCCACCAAUAUGCUGCGGGAGAUUUAUGAGGCAUUGGUGGAAGUUGUGGACCGGAAGGGCCAGAGAGUGGUGGUUGUGGGUGGUGGUUCUGUUUCCACUUCUGGUUUCAUUCCCCACCACCACCUGCCUCCUCCAAUGCAACAACAAUCCCCCCUUGAAGCUGCACUGCCACUCCCUCCGCCGCCGCCGCCGCAGGCGGCAGCACAAACACCACCGCUUCAUUAUCAGGACCAGCCACAUUGCACCACUCAGCCCUUUCCCAGAAUGUGUGAUAGCUCAGAUCCUGAUACAAGUGAGCACUCAGACUCACCAGCAAAGAGGAGAAGAAUGGGGGAAGGGACCAGUGGGACUCAAGAAGUUGGGCCUGCAAUUUCAAGAAGUGCUGCACUCAUAGCAGAAGCCAUUCAGUCUUGUGAAGAGAGGGAAGAGAGGAGGCACAGAGAGCUGCUGAGCUUGCAUGAGAGAAGGCUUCAGAUUGAGGAAUCAAAGGCUGAGAUUAACAGGCAAGGGAUCAAUGGCCUUGUGGAUGCCAUUAACAGACUUGCAAAUUCUAUCCUUACUUUGGCAACUAACAACAACAACCAGCCUGGGGCCCCUCCCUCCUGACUUGCAAAUUCAAUCCUUACUUUGGGUUUCUAGCUAAUAAUCCUUUAUCUGAUUAUCCAAAAAAAAACAAAAAUCCAAUCAGUUCCUAAACAGUGGUCUUGAUCCCUUAUUUCAGUACUAACGAUUUGAACUAGUACUGGGAACAAAAAAACAUAUUUUGGUAUAGAUCCAAUUGCUUGUAAAUAAGUAAGCUGAUCAUGAAUUGAUUCUUAGCAUGUAUUAUGUUUUCAAGAUUUUCAGUUUCUCUCUGUCAAGAAUGAUAUUCAAUUCAA